AUGUACGGCAACCUGAAAGCUCUACAAGAGCUUAUCAAUUUGGGAUGUGACGUCAACCAGCCAACCUUCUCUGGUCGUACAGCACUCAUGGGAGCAGCACAAAUGGGCCAUAUUCACGUGGCUAAAUGUUUGCUCAGAUCCGGUUGCUCCUCAAAUGCAAGGUCUUUGAAGGGCGGCUCGGCGAUGCACUUCGCCGUAUGUCCCAUGAAUGAGCCUGCGGAUGACCCACCGGGUAUGAUUAGAGUACUACUUGCAGCGGGUGCCUCAGCGACGGCUGUGGAUCUACUCGGAAAUACGGCACUGCAUCUAUUGGAUGACUCGAGAUUCGGCAGCGAUGCAACGGGAACGAAAAUUCGCUUGCUUGUGGAAGCCGGAGCUGACAUCAACGCGCGGAAUAACGAUGGCGGAUCGGCAUUAUUCCGUGCGAUUCGCCGCAACCAACCACAGGUCGUAAGGUGCCUUCUCAACGCCGGCGCAGCGACAGAGAACUAUCGACAGCUAGGCGGCAGCCUCCUUCAUGAUGCAGCACUAUAUGCUGGCUUGGAAGUCCUGAGAUGUCUUGAGGGUAUGAAAACGUCUCGAAUGAAAGCAGUGUGUUAG